UGUGUUGUAGUUACGUUUAGUUCGAUAUGAUUCGAUCUUUUUAAUAUUUGUGAUUGAAUCUUUUAGUUCAGUUAUGAGAGUCGAUCUUUUGAACUAGUUCGUUCGCGAACUACACAGCUCUAAUCUUUAGGCGCUCCUCGUAGCGUUCCUCCUAUACUGUGACGUAGCCACGUAGCAAAAAAAGGUCAUUAAUAAAUUUUGUUUAUCUUUACGUUUAUAAAAAUAUUACCGAAGUAUACAAAAUCAAAUGGAAGUUAAACAAGAACUUAGUGAAAAUACGUGUAAAAUAGAAAUAGGUAAUAAUGAGGUGAAUGAUGCUCUUCUGGAUACCAUUAAAGCGGAACCUCAAACUGAAAUUACACAGGAUUCAUCUGAUGACUUGCAGGAAUAUCCUUUAAAGACAGAAAUAAAAUACGAUGAAGAUAAACUUUGUCUGCUUCAAGUAAAACAAACAAAUGAAGGCCCUCUCGGAGAGGAGAAGAACACAUUGGAAAUUACGGAAACAAUAGCUUUACAUACAUGUAACGAAGAAGGUGCGAGUCGACCUGAUGAAGAAAUAAAAUGUGAAAUUUGUUUUAAGCAGUUUGGUCGUAAAAGUUAUUUAAACAAACAUAUGGAAACACACACUAGAAAAAAAUUUACUCAAGAUAGUGAUUUGAAAGGACAUUUAAGGGUACACACUGGCGAAGAACCGUACAAGUGUGAAAUUUGUUCUAAGCAAUUUAAUCGAAAUGAACAUUUGAAAACACAUUUAAGGAUACACACUGGAGAAAAGCCUUACAAGUGUGAUAUUUGUUUAAAACAGUUUUCUUGUAAGACUUCUUUGGAUAUACAUAAAACAGGUCACACUGGUAAAAAACCUUUCAAAUGUGAAAUUUGUUUUAAGCAAUUUAGUCGUAAUGGACAUUUGAAAGAACAUUUGAAAGUGCACACUGGUGAAAAACCUUACAAGUGUGAAAUUUGUUUUAAGCAGUUUAGUCAAAAUGAACAUUUAAAAACGCAUUUAAGAGUACACACUGGAGAGAAGCCUUACAAGUGUGAAAUUUGUUCUAAGCAAUUUACUCAAGAAGGAAAUUUGAAAGGACAUUUAAGGAUACACACUGGAGAAAAGCCUUACAAGUGUGAUAUUUGUUUAAAACAGUUUUCUCGUAAGAAUUCUUUGGAUAUACAUAAAACAGGUCACACUGGUAAAAAACCUUUCAAAUGUGAAAUUUGUUUUAAGAAAUUUAGUCUUAAUGGACAUUUGAAAGAACAUUUGAAAGUGCACACUGGUGAAAAACGUUAUAAGUGUGAAAAACGUUAUAAGUGUGAAAAACGUUAUAAGUGUGAAAUUUGUUAUAAGCAAUUUACUCAAGAAUGCAAUUUGAAAGACCAUUUAAGGAUACACACUGGUGACAAACCUUAUAAGUGUGAAAUUUGUUAUAAGCAGUUUAGUCAAUAUGGAAAUUUGAAAAGGCAUUUGAGAGUGCACACUGCUGAAAAACCUCACGAGUGUGAAAUUUGUUCUAAGCAAUUUACUCAAGAAGGAAGUUUGAAAGGACAUUUAAGGAUACACACUGGAGAAAAGCCUUACAAGUGUGAUAUUUGUUUAAAACAGUUUUCUCAUAAGAAUUCUUUGGAUAUACAUAAAAUAGGUCACACUGGUAAGAAACCUUUUAAAUGUGAAAUUUGUUUUAAGAAAUUUAGUCUUAAUGGAAAUUUGAAAGAACAUUUGAAAGUGCACACUGGUGAAAAAUGUUAUAAGUGUGAAAUUUGUUCUAAGCAGUUUCCAUCAGCAAGUCGCUUGAAACAGCAUUUGAGAGUGCACAGUGGUGAAAAUCCUUACAAGUGUGAAAUGUGUUUCAAGCAGUUUGGUGACAGAAGCAGUUUGAGAAAGCAUUUGAUAUUACACACUGGAGAAAAGCCUCAUCAAUGUGAAAUUUGUUCUAAGCAAUUUACUCAAGCAAAGAGUUUGAAAGGACAUUUAAGGAUACACACUGGAGAAAAACUUUACAAGUGUGAAAUUUGUUCUAAGCAAUUUACUCAAGAAGGAAGUUUGAAAGGACAUUUAAGGAUACACACUGGAGAAAAGCCUUACAAGUGUGAAAUUUGUUCUAAGCAAUUUACUCAAGAAGGAAGUUUGAAAGGACAUUUAAGGAUACACACUGGAGAAAAGCCUUACAAGUGUGAAAUUUGUUCUAAGCAAUUUACUCAAGAAGGAAGUUUAAAAACACAUUUAAGGAUACACACUGGAGAAAAGCCUUACAAGUGUGAUAUUUGUUUAAAACAGUUUUCUCAUAAGAAUUCUUUGGAUAUACAUAAAACAGGUCACACUGGUAAAAAACCUUUCAAAUGUGAAAUUUGUUUUAAGAAAUUUAGUCUUAAUGGACAUUUGAAAGAACAUUUGAAAGUGCACACUGGUGAAAAACGUUAUAAGUGUGAAAAACGUUAGAAGUGUGAAAAACGUUAUAAGUGUGAAAUUUGUUAUAAGCAAUUUACUCAAGAAUGGAAUUUGAAAGGACAUUUAAGGAUACACACUGGUGACAAACCUUAUAAGUGUGAAAUUUGUUAUAAGCAGUUUAGUCAAUAUGGAAAUUUGAAAAGGCAUUUGAGAGUGCACACUGCUGAAAAACCUCACGAGUGUGAAAUUUGUUCUAAGCAAUUUACUCAAGAAGGAAGUUUAAAAGGACAUUUAAGGCCUUGAGAAAAGCCUUACAAGUGUGAUAUUUGUUUAAAACAGUUUUCUCAUAAGAAUUCUUUGGAUAUACAUAAAACAGGUCACACUGGUAAAAAACCUUUCAAAUGUGAAAUUUGUUUUAAGAAAUUUAGUCUUAAUGGACAUUUGAAAGUGCACACUGGUGAAAAAUGUUAUAAGUGUGAAAAACGUUAUAAGUGUGAAAUUUGUUAUAAGCAAUUUACUCAAGAAUGGAAUUUGAAAGGACAUUUAAGGAUACACACUGGUGACAAACCUUAUAAGUGUGAAAUUUGUUAUAAGCAGUUUAGUCAAUAUGGAAAUUUGAAAAGGCAUUGAGAGUGCACACUGAUGAAAAAUGUUAUAAGUGUGAAAUUUGUUCUAAGCAAUUUACUCAAAAAGGAAGUUUGAAAGGACAUUUAAGGAUACACACUGGAAAAAAGCCUUAGAAGUGUGAUAUUUGUUUAAAACAGUUUUCUCAUAAGAAUUCUUUGGAUAUACAUAAAAUAGGUCACACUGGUAAGAAACCUUUUAAAUGUGAAAUUUGUUUUAAGAAAUUUAGUCUUAAUGGACAUUUGAAAGAACAUUUGAAAGUGCACACUGGUGAAAAAUGUUAUAAGUGUGAAAUUUGUUCUAAGCAAUUUACUCAAGAAGGAAGUUUGAAAGGACAUUUAAGGAUACACACUGGAAAAAAGCCUUAGAAGUGUGAUAUUUGUUUAAAACAGUUUUCUCAUAAGAAUUCUUUGGAUAUACAUAAAAUAGGUCACACUGGUAAGAAACCUUUUAAAUGUGAAAUUUGUUUUAAGAAAUUUAGUCUUAAUGGACAUUUGAAAGAACAUUUGAAAGUGCACACUGGUGAAAAAUGUUAUAAGUGUGAAAUUUGUUCUAAGCAGUUUCCAUCAGCAAGUCGCUUGAAACAGCAUUUGAGAGUGCACAGUGGAGAAAAUCCUUACAAGUGUGAAAUAUGUUUUAAGCAGUUUACUAAACAAAAUAUGAAAAGACAUUUGAGAGUACACACUGGAGAAAAGCCUCAUCAAUGUGAAAUUUGUUCUAAGCAAUUUACUCAAGCAAAGAGUUUGAAAGGACAUUUAAGGGUACACACUGGAGAAAAACCUUACAAGUGUGAAAUUUGUUUUAAUCAAUUUAGGCUAGAACAACAUUUAAAAAUGCAUUACAAGAUACAUACUGGAGAGAAACCCCACUCAUGUGAAAUUUGUCUUAAGAAAUUUAUGCGAGCAAGUGAUUUGAAAAUACAUUUGAGAGUGCACACUGGUGAAAAACGUUACAAGUGUGAAAUUUGUUCUAAGCAGUUUAGUAAAACAAGGAAUUUGAAAGUUCAUUUGAGAGUACACACUGGAGAGAAACCUUACAAGUGUGAAAUUUGUUUUAAGCAAUUUAGUCAAAAUGUAAAUUUGAAAGAGCAUUUGAGAGUGCACACUAGUGAACAACCUCACAAGUGUGAAAUUUGUUCUAAGCAAUUUAGUAACAAGGCACAUUUGAAAAUGCAUUUUUCAGUACACACUGGAGAAAAAGCCUUACAAGUGUGAAAUUUGAGAGUGCAUACUGGGGAGAAACCUUACAAGUGUGAGAUUUGUUUCAAGCAAUAUAGUCGAGCAAUUGGUUUGAAAUUACAUUGGAGAGUGCACGCGAAAGAGAGAUCGUAAGUGGGAAAUUUAUUUUAAACCUUCUGUCGCAACUUUCAUUAAAAAACAAACUGACCAUCUAUAAAACAAUACUCAAACCAGUGUGGCCAUACGGAAUCGAGUUGUGGGGCUGUAGCAAACCAUCCAACACCAAAAUACUAGAGACAUUCCAGUCAAAAACUAUUCGUAUGUUAGCUAAAGCCCCAUGGUACGUGUCAAACCAAACCCUUUAUGCAGACCUCAACAUUCCCUUCAUCAAUGAUGUGAUUGCUGACCACUCCAGAAGAUACAUGAAACGCACAGCAGAUCAUCCAAACCAUCUCAUAGACGAACUAUUCAACCCUCCACUAAUUGACAGACGCCUAAAAGACUUUGUCCAGAAGACCUACGUUUGUCUCACCGCAGCAAAAUCUCAAAGGAACCGUGACGUCACAUAGACACUGACAACUGAAAACAAAAUACUAAAAGAACUGCGACGUCACUUCUAAAGUGACAUAACAUAAAGUGACAACUGACAAAUACGUCAUACUUAUAACCUUAUAAAAAUAUACAAAAAUAAUAUGAAUAAAAAACUGAUUUUGUUUUAUAAUCCAAUAGAAUUACGAGCUUCCAGGAUCUGGUUAUAAUAUAUUAUAAUUGAAUCGGUCAUUUCGAAAACAAUACAUGUCACAAUUAUAUAAAUUUUUCAGGAAACAAAAAUUGUUCCAUUAAUAGUUGAGUAUUUUGAGGUAAUAAUUUAAAUUUAAAAUUAAAGUAUUAUGUUUCUGAAAGACAAAAAAACAAUAAAAAUAAGAAAAUGUCUUUAUUUUCAGCAAGAAACAGUCAAAAUACAUAGAAACUUAUAUAUUAUAUACCUCUAAUAAUAUUAUAAAAUAUUAACAAUGUAUGUCUUUAUCCAUAUCAAUGUUAGUGAAUUUAAAACAUAAAUUUUAUAUGUUUUAAAUUCAUUGUUAUGGAUACGGACAAUCAUUGUUUUUCGAACUAACUGAAAACAUACAGACCUGCCAUACAAUAUUUUAAACAGUAACUUGCAUUAUUUUCGUGCGGAAUGGUUGAUUUCAAUUUUAAAAUUAUUGUGGUGUCAAAAAGUCAUUUUACUCCAAAUAUGGACUUAUAUAAUAAUUUUAUGUUGUUUUUGAAAUGACCUAUUCAAUUAUAAUUAGCAUGGAUGCCUACAUCCUUUAUUAAUAUGGAUUUUAUUGAAGAAUUAAUGUCAUCAAUAAUUUUUAAGAUUACAAGCUCAUUUUAGGCAAAUGUUGAAAUAAAACAUAGUUUACCAAAAUAUCAGUAUUAUCUCAAAUUUACAUAAACAGAGUUAAAUAACAAAAAAAAUAAACAAAAUUUACGCUUACAAAGAUUAAUAUUUUAGAAAUUGACUUUUUUCAUUAUCGAAAGUAGGUAUGUAUAACCUAAUAAAAAAAGAAAAUACGUAAUAAAAAAUAAAUAAUAAUAACAGUCAAAUUUUUAAAGUAAAUUCUUUCAUGACUAUAAUAUACACAGCUGAAUACAGCCACUAAAAUACUCAUUUAUCUAAUAUCACUCUAAGUUUAUAAUUUAUAGUGGCUCUUUAAAUAAAAUUAGUGUCAUAAAACUUAAAUGAAAAUUUAAUUACAUUGAGUUAUAUAUAAUAAAUAAAACUAAAGAACUUCAGCAACACGGAAAAUCUGUUAAGUUGGCAUGGAUUAAAAGCCACUGUGUAAUAACUGGAAAUUAAAUAGUAGAUGAAUUGGCAAAAAAUGCGGUGACACAAGAAGUGUUAACACAUUAUCUUUGUAUGUCUAGAGAUAUAGAAUCAGAUAUAUUCAAAGAGCUUAAGAAAGGUAUAUUUAUGAGAACGUAAAUACAGAAAACGAUUACAGAGUAAUCAGAAACUACAUAACAGAUAAACCUUAUAGCAAGAACUAUAUACUAAAUGAGAUUUAACCCCAGUAUUAUUUUUAUAUUUAAAAUUAAUCUAGCUAAUAGUAAACAAAGUGUUUGUGGUCAGAUGGAUAACCUACAACACAAAAUUUUGGACUGUUUUCUUAUAUCUAAUAAUGUUGCUAUGUUUUUAAAUCCACUGUAUUCUUUGACUGAUGUCCACCAUCCCAUUAAUUUAAACUAUUUGUUAACAUUUGAAAACAAUGAGUUGUGAUACCGACUAUUGUAUAAACAUGUUUUAGAUAUUAAACUAAAUUGUAAUGGUAAAUAUAGAGUAAGUAUUCCUUUGUAAAUUGAUGCAAUAUAAAAUAAGCGAAAAAAUAGGUAUCAUAUAAAAAAAUGAGGAACUUGGACAGUCUAUAGCAAAAUAGCUCUCAAAUUAAGUAGAGCUGCAGAAGAAUUUGGCUGUGGAACUCUGAGGAUAUCAAUUCAAAAAAAUACAAAAAGGCUUAUUUAUUACAGAUUCAUAUUAGUAGGUAUUAGUUUUAGCAUAAGAUUGUAUACGAAAAAAUGACUAUAAUAAGUAAAAAAUUGUAAAAUUGGCGAAUGGAUUUAGUGUCCGCAAUCAUAUAGACCCAAACAAACAUUUUAAAAAUACUUAUAUAGCAACCAGUAUUGUGAUAUAUUGUUUGUCCACUAUAACUUUUCCCAUGCGUCACGAUUCAUUUUCAAACAAAUUAAAUCAAGUGACAAGUACGCCGAUGUGUGUAGUAUCUAUAUAGUAUACAGUAUACAAAAUGUAUAUACACAUAGACAUUCGUUUCACUUUAUGUUUUGACUUUAUUUGUUUGAAAAUGAAUCGUGAUGCAUGGGAAAAGUUAUAGCGGACGAGCAAUAUCUAAACCAGUAUCUAGAUCUUUUUAUAUCUAAAAUAUUACUCUUAACAUUUUUACUUGGAUAUUUCUAAUUUGAGGCGACAAAAAAAAUUAAGAAAAUGAUCUUAAACUAUCGCAUUUAAAAUAUGUAUAAGGCAGAACAUCUUGUAUUCAUACACUUGCAAUUGUGGUAGAAAUUUUUCGAGAAAAAACUUGUUUACUUACUAUCUAAAAUUGCAUUCAGAAGGUAAAAAUGAAACAUCGAAUAAACAGCAAAAAUGUCCUUUAACCUUCUAGCAGGCAAGCCCGUCUAAAGGUAGUUUAAUUUCUAGCCAUUUUUAUGCCUGCAGCAUGCAAACCCGCCUUUUGCUUUAUACCUCUAAGUGUACCUUAGUACACUAACAUUUGGUUAGCGCUAAUUGAUUGACUCCUUUGAGUCAAAACCUAUCAAGCUUUAAGUUUUUCCAUUGAAAAUAAAAUUGGUCUGGUAGAGGGUUAAGGGUAAACAUGACAUUGAUGUUGAACAGGACAUUUUAAAGUUUAAAAGUUUUGAAGAAUUCGAAAUAUGGAAAAAUGGUAUAGAAAAUGAAACUGAUUCAAGAUUUAUUACACUUCGAAAUAAAUCUUUAUCAUCAGGAAAACAUCAAGUAUUGCAGUCAUUUAGUUCAAAACCGUACCUAAUAUUUGAAAACUCAAGGUACUAAAAUAGUUUCUGCCCUGCAGCUAUGAUUCUUCAAGUCACUGAAAGCAGAAGGUGUACAUGUAAAUUUACAAAAAGCCACAUAGGACUUAGCAAUGAUUUUAUACUAUAUGUGUUAUCUUCAAAAAGUCAAGAAACUUACCACAUGAAAAAGUAAACAGAGAUUGCAAAUGCCAGUUAACCCAUAGGGAGUGUAAUGUGUGUUUGCAUAAAUUAAUGUUAAUUCAUUAAUAAAGUGGAUUACAGUGGAACCUCGAUUAUCUGUCUCUCUAUUGACCGUCACCUCUGUUAACCGUCAGGGUCCAUACCUACAUAAGUAAAAAUUUAGUCAUCAAUUCAUUUUGUUUGAACAUUGCGAUAAGCCAAACGAAAUUCCUUGAAAUGUACACGUGCAGUUAUGCCACCACCGCAUUUUUUAUGUAAAUAAUUUUUGUUCUUAUUCAGAACUCUGGAUUAAAUUUCAAUUUAAAUAUGUCAUAAAUAAUACCCUGCUUUUAAAAUUCUAUUUUUAGAAUGGCAAGCUGAAAAUAAAAAUGCACAGCACAAUAAUUAUUACAGUCAAUAUCUGUGUGUCACCAUAAUUAAAUUUUAUUCAAAUUCGAACAUUGAUUGUGUCACUUAGUCGUUUGAUCAAUUAAGUUUUGUUAACCGUCUUUUCGAUUAUCUGUCAUACCCUUGGUCCGGUCCCUGACGGAUAAUCGAGGUUCCACUGUAUCUGUAACAUGUUCACCUUCUUGGCAGAAAACUUAUUGAUAAGAUGCAUCCUCACAUAUAUCUCAUAAUUGUUUUGGUAAGAAAUUUAAUAAAAAGAAAAUAAUAAUUUUAAUCAUUACCAAUCUUAAUUUUUGAAGUUAUACUUCUUUACGCGCGAUGAGGGUGAAUUUUUAUAUGUUAAAACCAGGCACAUACGCAUCACCCAGGCGCAUACGCGCAUUAUAACUUUGUUCUGAUUGGAUGUUCAAAUGACAUGUCAAAAAUUAUUUAAUAUGGCAGCUGUAGGACACCUGUGGUUUGGAGGUAAAGGUAAACAAAUGUAUAAUAUAUUAGUUUUAUUGUUGUGAGGACAGAAACAAAAAAGUUUAUAAUAUUGUAGUGACUUUUAAAUAGUUUUUAAAAGCAACAGGUACGUAAUAAUUGUUAAUAUAUCAUAGGUAUAAACCUACCUGUUUGAUCUGCCAAAAUAUAUAGUAUGUAAUACUUUUAUUUAUAUAAUUUGAUUACCAUCAAAAUUUAUAUCAAUAUUCACCUAAUAUAUUGUUUUCUUACUCUA